UCGGAAGCUGUGUCCGAUCCAAAGGGGGCCGGACCGGAGCGGCGCAGCACUGCCAAAGCAAUGGCCCGACUUCGGCCAAAUGAGAAAGAUCCCGUGCGGCAGGGCACGAUGUCAUUGGCUUCGAUUCUUGCAAGGUGUGCGGGCUUUCUCAUCCUUGGCUCCUCGCUGGCUUCCGGUGAAUAGCACUGCACCAGUGCCGAGCCCAAGCCCACAAAAAGGCUGGCAGGAAAUCCAGCGACUCCGAGGUCGAGCUGGAGAUCCACUUGAUGUCCAAGGUUGCUCUGCCUUAGUCAGAACCCUGCGGAAAGCAUUGCAACCUGGAUUUGUCAGCCGUGGAAAAACGCCCGAUUCGUUUUGGAAGAAGGCCGCAUAUAGGGGUGGGCAGUUGGCAAACUUCUUGCGGCCAGAGGAGACCUGCGAGGUGCUAAUGGCAUUGGCUGAUGCAAAAUUGCCGUGGAAACAAGAUCCGAAAGCAACAGAAGGCCUUCAACUUUUCGCUCACCAUACAGCAGAAGAGAUUGGUUCCUUCACGGCUGUGCAGAUUGCGCAAAUCUUGGAUGCAUUCGCAAGGAUGGGGUUCCUACAUGAGGACUUGCUGGAUGCCAUAUCCCGAACCAUUGCGCUGACAGUUUCUUCAGAUAGCGGACGCUUCAGCAAUGAAGCUGCCGUCAGCCUCUUGUCUUCUUUCGAAGCUUUAGCGGUGGCAGACCAGACCAUGAUGAGAUCAUUGUCCAAGCUAUUCAUGAGACGCAUUGUGCGUGAGCCGCUGUCUCCUCAAGAAACAGCAAAGGUGGCUGUAGCUUUCUCUGCCCUUCGAGUGCGUGAUGUCGGGCUCUUCAACGCAACCACGUUGGGCCUUUGCAGGCCAGAAGCCAUCCAAGCUUUGUCCUGGAUGGAACUCGCUCAUGUGGCAGUUGCGUAUGCGUCUCUUCGUCUUUAUUCACCAUCUCUUUUCAGUGCCUUGCUUGGAAGACUUGAGUUGCCAAAGUUCCCUCAAGAGAAACCGAGAGAGAUGCGCUUGAGCCAAGGCAAGAUUCGGGUUCGCAUUGCAGAUAGCUCCUCGCCGAUCCCAUGCUAUGAAGAUUUUGAAGUGCUACCACUUGCUGAGAACCAGCUUUUGCGCGUGCCAUGUGCAGAGGAUAUUUGGCAAAGCCUCCAAACACAGGAGCCUCUUUCCCCGUGCCUCGGUGGAUAUCCUCAAACAUGCUCAAACCAAGCAACUGGUUAUUACGUACUUUGGACUAUCUCUCGGCACAUGCUGACUGUAAGGCCAGUGCCACUCUCGCCACAGGUUGUGGCGAGAUUUCUGGAAGCUCAGCUCCACUUGGGGCAAGUUGGCCUUCAGGAGGCCGGCCAUUUGCUGCCACACAUGGCGCACAGUGCUGGCCCCAGUGGUCGGCCCAGCAUUCAGCUUUCGAAGCUGCUCAUCAUUUUCCUUGCGAGGGGUAGUCAUGCGUUUCCGUGGCUUUGGCGCAGAGCAAUUGUGGGUGCUUUCUCAGAGGUGGAUGCCAGAAGGGCAGACGCUGGCAAACAAAGACUUUUGCCAAUGAAUUCCUUGGUGCCUUUGCUAGAAUCUUUUGCUGAACAUUUGCGACUAUUGCAGCCUGUCCUAGACGAAGCUGAUCCCAUGUUGACCUCUCACAUUCAAGUGCUGACUGGAGGGUUGGUAAAACUGUGGGCCUUAGUGGCCAAGCGCAGUGGCACCCUCCCAGAUUCAGAGUUACGGCAGGCAGGACUAACUGCCCCUGAGCUCUUCAAGGCACAAUUCAAUCUUGGAGAAGUGAUGAGAAACAGCUCGCUCUCUAAUACUGGUCGUGCCUUAAAUCAUGCAUCGCUGAAAGCUAUUCGAUGCAUCAGCCGAGAGAUGCUCCGCCGUGAGUGGUCAGAGGAGGAGGCUGUCGAGCUUGUGGAACUUUUGGACCAGAACGGGAUUCAACCUGCGUGGUUAUUGGAAGAUCUUCGCAUUAUGAAGAAAGAUUCGAUCAGAAAUAAUUGACAAUUCAU